GCCGAGCCGAGCCUAGCCUAGCUGGGCCGGGGCUGGCCGGGCCGGGCCGGGGCUAUCCGCCCCGCUACGGCGGCGGCCGAGCCCGCGGCCUGCCGAGUCGCGUCCCGGGGGCGGCCGGAGCAGCCCUGCCCUGCUCUACCCUGCCCGGCGCUGCCCUGUCCGGCGCGGCUACCCCGCUCCCCUGAGCCGGUGGCCCAGCACGGCUGGCGUGGGCGCGUUUCGGGUAGCCGGGGAUCGGCUGCUGGUGCCGACCGUCCGCUGUCGGCCUGAAACAGGUUAACCCCACCGUGACAUGAAAAUAGCAGCACUGUUCCGUCUCCGUGACCUGCAUAAGUAACAGAUGCGGGUGAAAGAUCCAUCAAGAGCCAACCCUGAGAAACCAAAGAGAAGCAAAAGGCCUAACAGGCCGCAGGAUGAAGACUCUUCAGAUGAUAUUUCAGGCUUAACCUGCCAGCACGUGAGCCAAGCAGUGGAUGUGCAUCAGGUGAAGAGAGCAGUGGCUCAAAGCGUUUGGUCAAUAUGUGCAGAAUGUCUGAAGGAGAGGCGGAUAAGUGAUGGUGAGCCUGUGGCACCUUCGGACAUAUGUCUGUGUCUCAAAUGUGGCUCUCAGGGAUGUAGUAAGAACUCGGAAGGCCAGCAUUCUCUGAAACACUUCCAAACAGCACGCGCAGAACCUCAUUGCAUUGUUAUCAACCUCAGCACAUGGAUCAUAUGGUGUUACGAGUGUGAUGAAGAGCUGUCAACACAUUGCAACAAAAAGGUUUUGGCUCAGAUAGUUGACUUCCUUCAGAAACAUGGUUCCAGGGCUGAACCAAGUUCAUCAAAAAUCAUACGACUCCGUGAAGAGCACAGUGAAACAAGUGAAAUACUGAAAGGAAAAGGUUCUGGUAAUGGUGCAUCUGUUCCAGUCAAAGGAAUAAAUAAUUUAGGAAAUACGUGCUUUUUUAAUGCUGUCAUGCAGAACUUGGCACAGACUCACAUACUAAAUGAACUGAUGUAUGAGAUGAAGGAGAAAGGAACAAAGUUAAAAAUCUGUCACACUUCAGAUUCCCAAUUGGAUCCUUUGGUGGUAAACCUCUCCAGCCCGGGACCCUUGACUUCAGCCAUGUUCCUGUUCCUUCACAGCAUGAGGGAGGCUGGAAAAGGUCCUCUUUCUCCCAAAGUGUUGUUCAGCCAGCUUUGUCAAAAGGCUCCUCGAUUUAAAGGGUUCCAGCAGCAGGACAGCCAGGAGCUUCUGCACUAUCUGUUGGAUGCGAUGAGGAUUGAAGAAACAAAGCGUAUACAAACUGGUAUCUUAAAAGCAUUUAAUAAUCCAACUACUAAGACAGCAGAUGAAGAAACUAGAAGAAAAGUCAAAGCAUAUGGAAGAGAGGGUGUGAAGAUGAACUUCAUAGAUAGGAUCUUUGUUGGUGAAUUGACUAGCACUGUCAUGUGUGAGGAAUGUGAAAAUAUUUCAACAGUAAAAGAACCUUUCAUUGAUCUUUCACUUCCUAUAAUAGAGGAGAGGGUUGCAAAACCUGUGCCUUUGGGAAGAACAGGUAAAGGUAAAAGUGUACAAGAGGCAGAUCUUGGUCAGUGUAACUGUUCUCCUAUCACUACACUGAAUAAUCAACCCAAAAUUGUCAAGAAACAUGCUUUAACAAAAGAUAAGAAUCAACUGAACCAGGAGAGACGGCUUGCCAGAAAAGCUUCCUCUAAUGAAGAUGAAAAAAGUCCUGUUAUCAUGCAGGAAAAAACCAGAAAGCUUGAGCUGGAAGGUAGCUCUGGUGUCCCGUACUCCAAAGACACAACCGCUGACUCCGCUGUAAAUGGAAGUCAGACGGACGGCAGCGAGAAGGAAGCCAGCCGCUCUGAAAGCAGCUUUGAUGCAGACAGCGAAGCCUCGGAAAGCGAAAGUGCUUCUAAGCAAACAGCCAUCAGCCCAUCCAGCAACAUGUCUGGUUUGCACGUCAACCACAUAAAUGUUAAAAUGCCACACAACAAACCAAGUGACGGCAACGAUGAGAUGAUUUCCAGUGCCAUAUCCAAACUCAGCCUCUGUGGUAUUAUAAAUGAAGAUAAAAAAUCGAGCCGUGGGGAUCCAGCAUUAGGUUUAUCGAAUAAUUCCAUGUUCUCAGUAGACAAAUCCCCGCUAUCCCAAAACCCUCAAAAUGCUUUCCAGACGCUUUCCCAAAGCUACAUAACUAGCUCAAAGGAAUGCUCUGUUCAGUCCUGCCUUUACCAGUUCACCUCUGUAGAGCUCCUAAUGGGCAACAACAAGCUUUUAUGUGAGAGCUGCACAGAGAGGAUGCAGAAGUAUCAGAAGAAAACCAACUCCACAGAAAAGAAGAUGGAAGGUAUCUAUACAAAUGCUCGGAAACAGCUGCUGAUUUCUUCAGUUCCUGCUAUUCUUAUCCUCCAUCUGAAAAGAUUCCACCAGGCUGGUUUGAGUCUACGAAAAGUAAAUAGGCAUGUGGAUUUCCCACUGGUUUUAGACUUAGCACCAUUUUGUUCUGCAUCUUGCAAGAAUGUUACGGACGGUGCAAGAGUGCUAUAUAGUCUGUACGGAAUAGUGGAGCACAGUGGGUCAAUGAGAGGUGGUCAUUAUGCUGCAUAUGUGAAAGUCAGGACACCCUCCAAGAAAUUACUAGAGCACAUUUCUUCCACUAAAAAUGUUCUGGGUUUAAAAGAAGCCGUGGGAGCAUCAGGAGGACAGUGGGUGUAUGUUAGUGAUGCCCAUGUUCAGAUGGUUCCAGAAUCAAGAGUACUAAAUGCACAAGCUUAUCUACUUUUCUAUGAAAGAUUAUCACUAUAAUUCUCAACAGUUUAAUUUAAAAGAUAGUAGUGGUUAUUUACUUUAUCUUAUUUAAAGCUGCAGUGGUAAAAGUACCUAUAAGUACUGUGCCUUUAUCUUGUAGAGAAUUUAUCAUAUAUUGACCCUGAAGUUCAGUCAAGCUAUUAUAAAUAUCUGAAUGGUUCUUUUAAAGUAUGCACUUUGCCAAACAUUUAAAAUUCCUGGAUUUGUUAAAAUACAGUACUGUUAGAGUGCAAGACGAUGUCCUAUCCUACUGAGGUCUGUGGAAAGUUUGUUCUUGAUGUUAGUGAAGAUAAGCUUUCACUUAUAGUUCUAGAGCAGUUGACAAUAAAAAUAUUGAUAGUGUUAAGUGCCUGGAUUUGCUGGUGUACAGUAACAAUAUAAAGUAUUUCAACUUUCUGUGAUCCAGUCCAGAACCUUCCUGUCACUGGGUUAGAUGUCAGCUGUUAAGAUUUCUGCAAACAAGAACCUGUCAAAUUGUGUUGCUUCCACACGUAGUGGAAGCACAGUACUUCCAGAAUGGAGUAAUGGCAGCUGUUUCUGGGUAAUGCCGCAGUGCACUUUCCUGAUAGAGCUGGGAAUAGAUUGGGAAAAAUACGGCUUCUACAAAGUGACAGUGAAUCCUCAGAUACCCAGUACCCUUCCAGCUGUCUCCAGCUGGCGCUGGUAUAGCAAUGUACUCCUGGUUUAAUAUAAAUACAUACUUGGUGUGCAUAUACAUAUCCUCUGAUAGAAAGAUAUAUAUAUACACACACGUGCGUGUAUAUAUAUAACUAAAUAUAUGCACACCAUAAAUGCAUCAAUGUAUAUUGUCAUUUUACCUACUAGGAAAGAAAACUGCAAAGACUUCUGUAUUUAGUAAAUUUUGAACUUCGUAAUUACAACAAUGUACAGCAUAUAAGCUUGUGUAUGAAUAUGUAUGGGGCUUGAGUAACUGCAUAAUUCUGUUACUUCUGUUUCUAAACAUGAAUUUGUUUAUCUGUUCCUGAAUGCUUUUCUCACAGGAGUAAUAAACUAUGCAUUAUUUUUCCACUGCGUGCGUGAGCUGGACAGUAAAUGAUGACUUUUGGCCUCUGAUACAUGUCUGGACUUCCCUGUGUCAUCAGUGGAGGGCAGCGGGUGUCCUACUGGCAGAACUUGUUUCUCUAUCCUGUUUGACUGCCCUGUUUUGAAUUGUUACUUCUUUUGGUAAUUUCUCAUUUCCAUCCCAGAGAGUAAUAGAUACAUUUUAAGGUCAAAAUCUGAUGACUACUUUGAAGCUAGGUGGUAAUUAAUUUAUUUAAUAAGCAGUUACUUAAAUACAAAUUCCUUCUGUAACAGUUCCAUCCUGUCCAACUUGCUCUUUGGUAGAGAAAAUACUAGGUUUAGUUCUGCUUGCUGUUUUCAUUCAUGGACAUGUUUUUUUGGUGAGAAAAACAUGCUGUCCCUAUUACUAUCUCUAUCACGUGUUGUCAUACUUACUUGCACGACUUUCCUAUUCUCUAGUUCUGUUUCAGAGCUUCAUCCCACCUGCCUUAACUCUUUUGCAUAAGAAAAUAGCAAAACCUGCCAUAGUUGCAUUUGCUCAAGCUGCUGAGGCGUAUUUUAUAGCCGCAUGACUUGUAUGUACUUGUGCAGGCAUUAAGGAUUGUUAGGCCAUACAACUGAUUGUCAUAACAGAGUGAGCCCCUGGUCACACACCGUUUUCUUUUCCAGAGGAAAACUCCUCUGUUCAGGUCAAAAUUAGGUGAUGCAUUUUGGCCAACGCAAUAAUUUUUUCCCUCCACAGAUUAAAAUUGGUUUAGUCUACCCAAAAGUAUUAAAACUCGAAGAAACCAAGCAGUCAGCUCUAGCCAUCUGUAUUCCAGCUAAACACAUCUUAACCUGAGUCUACACUGAGAAAGAAAGGAAAAGAGAAGUAAUGUUUAGACUAGAGUUAGUUCUCCUCUACCUCAUCCACCUACCCACACCUUCCCCCUGUUUGUAUAUAGGUGAUCAAAACUGAAAGGUAGUUCUGGGCAAGAGUCACAGCAAAUACCAACCAACUUUCACUUGUCUGACACAAUCUUGCUUGGAGACCGCAAAUGGAGUGUACUUCAUCCACCUUAAAGCAGACACACUGACUAGAUAAGACGCCAGAAGUUCCUAGUUUUGCUGACUUCUGUAAAACCACUGAACUUAAGUACCUAUAUUAAUCUCCUACUCUUUAGCCUAGAACUACCUCCCUAGAGUACAAAACUAGGAAAGAAAUGGAACAAGGUUCUUAACCUGUUAUUUUUAAUGCUAUUUUCAGGAAACUCCUGAGGUGGUCUUCACUUCUCUUUAACCGGAGUUCACACACUGUUUGGACUGCUGAAAUCUUCCCAAGGGGACAUACUGACUAGGAUGCCAUGAAAGAUGCUGGCAGCAUUAUCUCCUCAUUAACAGCCAGGGAACUUUUCCUUACUAUUAAGGUAUUUUGUGGAACGUGAAGAGGAAAUGGCAUGAAAAAAAGCCAACGGCUUUACCCGAUAGAGCCAUUACUGUUGCUCCUGGAUGAGGCUUCCUGAGUUGAAAUAAACACCAGUGUUAGCAGCAACUCCGGUACAUUCUGAGUGAGGAACAGGUAUGAAAAUGUUACAGAAGGAAACAUUCUCUAAAAAUGAGGGUAACAAGUGAAGUUAUGUUUUUAGAAUGAAGAAAUGAUGACUAACGCAAGCUGUCAUACACAGUUUUAAAUGCAAGUCACACUUAGCAUAUCCUUUAAGACAGAGGGUUUUAGGUUGGGUUUUUUUAUUGGUGGCAAAAUUUGGCUCCAAAGCAAGUGAAUUUACACAUAGAUAUUCAUACUGAAGACUUGUUAUGGUUCCUGACCAGGAAUUGCAAGAGAAGGUCAGAGCAUUCCAGAAAAACGGGUGUACAUCCUGUAUGUGCUAGAACGUUACACAUGAUUCUACAGGCUAUUUGCGAAGCCUAGGAACCUGUAGUUUCCUGCAACUGCCAGAUGCAUGCACGCUAUGGAAAAGCUAUGUGUUUUCAGAAUUUAACUGAAGGGCUCUAAAGUUUAAGACUCUCUUUAAAAUAUCUUCUGUUACCUGACCAAAAAUCUCUUCAGGCCUAGAGCAUCCACUCUUCACAGAGCUACACCGUCCCUUUGUGGUUCCCCCCCAACUCUGAGAAAGCGCAGUAGCCUGCUUCUUCCUGUGGAAUAGCUUAGACAUGGCUCUCUCUCGGUACCACCCUUCUCUUCUCACAAGGGCACCGUUUUCUUCAUCAGCCCCGUCUGUUCUUUGUGUUUUCAGGGUCUCCACAAGCCUCUGUGUCAAUAUCUUUUUUGUCAUUGAUCCUUAACCAUAACAUAAUGUUUCCCAGUCCCAUCACCUGCAUUCCAUGAACUAGUAAAACUCUUGCUGGAAGAGCUACUGCAGCUACAGUCCUUGCCUCUUCCUACCACCAUGCUGUUUCUACCUACAGAUUGCCAUACAGGUAUCUGAGAAAAGCUGUGACUCCUGAACAGCUCUCUGCUAUCACAAGACGGUGCCUUUAAAACAGUGAGGAAGAAAGUAAAGUAAAUAGUUCCUCACUCUUCAGUAAGUAAACCUAAUUUAUGUGAAGUACUUGAUUUGCAUAUGGGCAACUGGAACCACCUACAAAAGUUUCCCCAGAGCAGAGGCAUCAGCAAAGAUGGCUGUAUCAGCUAUGGAGUUAGUCCAGAUUUGUAACUUCCUUCUCCUCAGAAAAAAAGCCUUGUUAUCUUUGGAUGCAUACACCAUUUAUGCUAGAUAUGGCAAAAAGCGAUGGGGAGAGGAUUUAUCAUACUAACAUAUCUACAUCAAUACAUGCGCAGACAUAAUGUUUGUAUAAGUCUGUUCUCCUAAGACAGGGCUACAAAUACUUAGUGGUGAAGGAAAAAGAAACAAACCCAAAACUUCUCUGCCCAAAAUGUACACACUGUCAUCAUCUUUGUUUAGAAAAUGGAAUCCACACAGUCUGCCAAACCUUCCUUCCCUACUCCAUUGAUACAAAGAGAGCACAGAUGGAAGUGCUCUUGCGUAUGGAUUUCAAGUGGUAGCAGGUGAGAGUGGUGUAUAAAUUCAUUAAAAGGCUGAAAUGUCUUAAGUUCACCAUUUGCUUCUCCUCAGACUUCCUUUUUGUAGUAACACAAACUGAAUCAUAUAGGGACAUGACAUUAAUGCAUCUAUGUUCUCAAUCCAUUAUAAAAAUCUUACUUGAACAUAUUGGUAGCAAACUAAGAUUUGGAAAGGAACCAUUUCUUGAGGAGAAACUUUAAGAUGUAUUAAAAUGGGAACAAAGAAAGUGUUUGAAUACAACUCUUACAUUAGCAAAAAUUGGCAAAUCCAAUUUUAAUUAAAAAGUGGUAGCAUACUUCACAAAACAGCUUCACAGCAGCCCUCAUUAAACAAAAGUGUUGUAUUCCUCUGUUCUCAUCAGGUAGAAACUUUUUUGCUUUGCCCUGUACACAUUUAUGCAUUUGUAUAAAGAUUUGUAUAUCUAUGUGAAAGAGAUGUCACUGAUUUUCAGUAGAACCAUUUCAGUCUAUUUAUUUUAGAAUGGAUUAUAUUUGUUUCUGUAUCUAUUUACCAUGUAUUAGGAUGUAAUUUUGCUAGCUGUUUUAGCUGUUUGUACCUCUCCUGUUGGUGUAUAAAUAAACUGCAGUAACAGUGGGAAAGUGAUUAUUCAAAAUGGUUCAAAAUCUAUUUUUUUUUGUAAACUGAGAAUAUAAAAUGUAUUUUCAGACAGCAGUCUCUUAGUGCAAAUCAAAACACUUCCUUUGCACAACGUGAUAUAAAAAGUUCAAGUGAAUUGUUAUAAUAAAACAAUUGCAAUGCAUUGUAACUGC